CCUGCGCGGAGGCUGCUACACACAUGCAGAAGUCAUGCUGGUGGCCUGGACAGUGAAGGGAGAGAAGUGGAUUUGGGAGACAUUUAGGAGAAUGAAGAGGCCGGGCACGGCGGCUCACGCCGGUAAUCCCAGCACUUUGGGAGACUGAGGCAAGCGGAUCAUGAGGUCAGGACAUCGAGACCAUCCUGGCUAACACGGUGAAACCCCGUCUCUACUAAAAAUACAAAAAAUUAGCCAGGCGUGGUGCCGAGCGCCUGUAGUCCCAUCUACUUGGGAGGCUGAGGCAGGAGAAUGGCGUGAACCCAGGAGGCGGAGCUUGCAGUGAGCUGAGAUCGCCCCACUGCACUCCAGCCUGGGCGACAGAGCGAGACUCCGUCCCAGAUAAAUAAAUAACCAACCAAAUUAGCUGGGCGUGGUGGCGGGCGCCUGUAGUCCCAACUACUCAGGAGGCUGAGGCAGGAGAAUGACGUGAACCCGGGAGGCGGAGCUUGCAGUGGUCCUAGAUUGUGUCACUGCACACCAGCCUGGGCGACAGAGCGACUCCGUCUCAAAAAAAAAAAAAAAAAAAAAAAAAAAGAAAAAAAGAAUGAAGAGCCAGAGCCAGGCAUAGUGGCACGCCUGUAGUCCCACCUACUCAGGAGGCUGAGGCGGGAGGAUCACUGGAGCCCAGGAAUUCAAAAACAGCCUGCGCAACAUAGACCCUGUCUCUAAAAAUGAAUUGGUUAUAAAGGAUGAAGAAAGUAAGGAGGAAAGGGAGAGAGAGAAGCCCUUAUAGAGUGGGUGCAUUUCUUGUAUGUGGGGCCACUUUGUAAGAACAGGAUUUUUCAAACUGGGCCCAUACUGGUAUGUGUGAAAUCAAUUUAGUUGGUUAUGGCCAUUUUUUUUUUAAAAGGAAAUAUCAGUGAUCACUAUAGUGUAAGUAUAUUGUUUCGUGAAAGCCAUCUUAGUUAUGUAUUAUGUCUGUAUGUGUAAGAGUGUGAUAUAAAAUGUAUUUCUGUGGUUAAAUAUUCAAAGAAAUUGGAGAACCAUUGCUACAAGGGGACAGAGGACUCCGUGUGAGCUCUCCUGCCUUCCCUGAAUAAACUUACACAAUUUAGUGCUGGGACAUUUGAACCUUUUCUGAAAAUUUGGGUGAGGGAGAGCAUCUUGGGGAGGUGGGAAGGAAGGUAGAAGGAGCAAAGCAACACCCCCCUGAAGCCUGGGAAUAUUGUCAGAACCUUAAAUAUAAUUCAGCUCACCAUUCUGGGUAAGGACAGACUCUACCAAUGAAAAUGGGUGAUUACCAGCUGUGAAACACAAAAACAUACUUUUACGGUUACACAUUCCUUUACAAACAACCGUGUACAUUUCAGCCUCCUGCCCCACCAUUUCUUUUCUCCAGGAGGGAAGGCUGCAUGUCGAGGUGAUCAUAGAAUGUUGAGUAUCAUACUUUCCUACCUCGCUUUUAUUUGCGCGGGUUUAAAUGCGCCUUAACAGAACCCGUGCAAAGGCUUGCCAACUGUCUGGCUGCACCGGAUGAGUAGAGCAUCUUCCUUGGUGGCAGGUGGGUGCGAGGAGGAGGGGGCUGGGCUUUUCUCCGGACGGGUGUUUGCCCAGAAGACCAUCAUCCCUGGACUACGUUAGGAGGAAGUGGCACCGCUCCGAGGUACGGGAAGAAGGGUUAUAAAGGGGGGAGUCCACCACACAUGGUCUUGAAGAAGCUUUUAUAAAAGGCAAAGGCAUCUUUGCCGGACGUUGUUGCAAAGGAGUAGAAACAAGCAGACGAAAACACCCCAAAGGGUAACCACUAGCGUUCCUGCUUCUUGCACCAUUCAUCCCAGGCUUCCAGCUCAGCCCGCCCCAGGCCAGGUGAUCGGCCGCCACAUCCCCUGAGACUAAAGCACCUGCUCCUCCAUGAACUUGCCAAGAGCUGAGCGCCUUCGCUCCACACCGCAGCGCAGCCUCCGGGACUCCGAUGGGGAAGACGGUAAAAUCGAUGUCCUGGAAGAGGAGGAAGAUGAAGACGAGGUGGAAGACGAGGAGGAGGAGGCGAGCCAGCAGUUCCUAGAGCAGUCGCUCCAGCCGGGGCUGCAGGUGGCCCGGUGGGGCGGGGUUGCGCUUCCCCGAGAGCACAUCGAGGGCGGCGGCGGCCCGAGCGACCCCUCAGAGUUUGGCACCAAGUUCAGGGCACCACCAAGGUCUGCGGCGGCCUCUGAAGAUGCCCGGCAGCCGGCAAAGCCCCCCUACUCGUACAUCGCGCUCAUCACCAUGGCCAUCCUGCAAAACCCGCACAAGCGCCUCACGCUCAGCGGCAUCUGCGCCUUCAUUAGUGGCCGCUUCCCCUACUACCGCCGCAAGUUCCCCGCCUGGCAGAACAGCAUCCACCACAACCUCUCGCUGAACGACUGCUUCGUCAAGAUCCCCCGCGAGCCGGCCCACCCAGGCAAGGGCAACUACUGGAGCCUGGACCCCGCCUCCCAGGACAUGUUCGACAAUGGCAGCUUUCUCCGGCGUAGGAAGCGUUUCAAGCGCCACCAACUGACCCCGGGAGCCCACCUGCCCCACCCCUUCCCUCUACCUGCUGCACACGCCGCCCUGCACAACCCCCGCCCAGGCCCUCUGCUUGGGGCCCCUGCCCCGCCGCAGCCAGUCCCGGGGGCCUACCCCAACACCGCCCCCGGGAGACGCCCUUACGCUCUGCUGCACCCGCAUCCUCUUCGCUACCUACUGCUCUCGGCCCCCGCCUAUGCCGGGGCACCGAAGAAAGCAGAAGGCGCGGACCUGACACCCGGCACCCUUCCCGUGCUGCAGCCCUCACUUGGUCCUCAGCUUUGGGAGGAGGGCAAGGGUCUGGCGUCGCCACCGGGAGGCGGAUGCAUCUCUUUCAGCAUUGAGAGUAUUAUGCAAGGGGUCAGGGGAGCGGGUACAGGGGCUGCGCAGAGUUUGUCCCCGACCGCGUGGAGCUACUGCCACCUGCUCCAGCGACCAUCAAGCCUGUUGCAUCCCCAAACCGCUGCCCCUUUGCUGCAAGUGUCCGCCGCCGCCGCUGCUCGGACAAUUUUGCAGCAAUAGCAGCAGCAUCAGGAGGAGGACUGCGCCAACGGCUGCGCUCCCACCAAGGGCGCGGUGCUGGGCGGGCACCUGUCGGCCGCGUCGGCGCUGCUGAGGUAUCAGGCAGUGGCAGAGCGCUCUAGGCUGACAUCGCUGGCUGCCCCUUUGGGCGGAGAGGGGACCUCACCAGUUUUUUUAGUAUCGCCCACGCCCAGUUCCCUGGCCAACUCCGCAGGGCCCUCCUAGAGCCAGGUGGGAGUGGGGAGCGACCCGCAGCUGCUCACUCCACCUUGCGCGGCCCAUACUGGGCGUGUGCAUCUGAAUCCCGCUGGAGAGCAAACACGAACUUCUGUUCGCUGCAAAAUGGUUAGAAAGAAACAGCUGGAUUACGUUCCUCUAAAAACCACCUGAACGUAACCUUCGCAGGGCGUCAAGUCAUCUUUUCUUGCCUUCGGUUGUGGCUUCUAUGGCUUUCCCGAUUUGCACAUUUCCUGGGGUACUAUGAACGUGAGUGGGGUAUUUUGUUCUGGCAUUAAAAGAAAAACAAGCAAGCAAACAAAAACACAGCCUCCGAUGCCAAACAUGUUCCCCCUUCUUCACUUCCUUGGAACUGGAAGUAUUAUUCCUAAGUCUAGUGCAAAAUGCUUCUACUCUCUGUGUCUUCCUGAUAGGGAUGUUUAAUGUAAGCAGGAUAUUAAUUUCAGAACAUUGAUUUCUUAUCUGUGUGUCUGACGUGCCAUCUUUAAUGUUAAAAUUAAGGUGUUAAAAUUAAGCCUAGUUAUAGAGACGAAAUAAAAUGCUAAGUCACUACACUACAUCGUUUAUUUUCUAUUACGUCUCAUUCUUCCCUUUCUAAAUGGAACUUUUUAAAACCUACAUUAUUUUCCCUCAAACAAUUUAUUUUCACAAUUCAUAUUUAUUAUAGAUAGCAGAAGUAAUCCAUUUUAAUAUGGCCUUUAAAAAUUCCAAAUAUUUGAGGUUGAAAAUGUCCUGGCUUUUAAAAUAGGAAAUUUACUAUUUAUGAGACUUCUAAAAUAAAAGAAUAGGAGGGCAUGUAAAUAUAUUCUCCAUUUAUUUUUCAUCACCCCCCAACAAGCUGGAAAACCAUUUGAGAUCAAUUUGGAAUGUAGUGGCCAACAUGUACUCAGGGAAAAUAAAAGGCUAUAAAUAUAUAUAUAUAUAUUUUUAAGCACUAGAAUUUUCAAAACUUAUUUCUUAAAAAAAAAAAAACUCUGAAAAGACUUUGCAACUAGAAAGGUUUAAGUGUUACUCGGCGUCAGGGGACGGAGUGGGGGGAAACCAGACAAGAACGCCCAUCAUGAAUUGCUCCCCACAAAGAAAACAAAUUUCUAGGAACUUGGCCGUUUUCCCCUGUCCUGAGUGGGGUUCCCGAUUCCGUGCCGCUUUGAGGGAAGCUGCUCUGUGAAUGUGAGAAAGUUUUUCCCCCAGCCCCCAUCUACUCCCCACCCCCAGCUGUCAAUUUCUUAUUUCAGGAGGGAGGACAAACAUGGAGACACACAUUUUUACAGUAGUCUAAUUGGCCGAUUUUUCUCCGGCUUCUCUUCUCCGUCCCGUCUCUUGGAAUUUCUUGGCAUGCCCUACCUGAGAUCCCCUACGGGAGAUUUCCUUUUGGCUCCUGCGGUUCUGUGGACGUUCUGAAAAGUUCCCAAGCCCCACCUUUGGUAGCUGCCCAGACCCCAGCUUCCAAUUCUUCCCUCUUCUUUGCACGGGUAGCCGUCAGCCCCAUAGCACCACCAGCGUCCAAAAUAGACCACUUUUAGCAAAUCCGGCAGGGCUGGGGCAGUCUAAGAGUUUGGAAACAAACUGAGAAUAGAGGGGUCCUAUUUCAUGCCAGGUUCUCGCUGGUUUACGUUCCAACUCCCCUCUGUCCGUUGUGCGAAAACGUCUCCAGGCCGACCUUCCUUCAUUUAUUGUCAACAAACGUCCUGGGAGAGCGGCUACGGCCGGCCGCUGAACCCAGAAGGGACUUUCUCUAGGCUUUCUUGGCACCCUCCCAAUUAUCUUCCUUCUCUUGCCCGAGGGCAGACCAACACAGCUACAAACAUGGGUGACUGAGGGUCAGACCCCUUCCCGGAACCGCCUCCAAGCUCCUAAUUUUUGCCUAAUGUUAAACCAUAUCCAAAGAUGAAUAUUUAAACCAUCAAUUCAGUGGCGGAGUAAAUUAAACGUUAUUCUCCGAUCAAACAGGAGCUUCGGGUCCACCUGUUUGGAAGCACCCAGGCGGCUUGGAGAGGUCCGGCCUUCGGGUGCGACCCGCAGGGGUUGCCUUGCCCGGCUCGCGGAACGGACGUUUACCUGUCGCAGCUACGAACCCACCAACGACACCAAGCACUUGCCGGGCAGACCAGGCGUCGUGGAGGCGCCCCAGCCCCCCCACCCCCCGCAACGACGCGUCCCAGGGGUGCGUAGUGCUUGGCGCGGUGACCAGACCUGGCCGCCUUCCUGACUGCACAGAGCGAGAGGCCACACUCUGGAUCCCAGGCCGGGUCCCUGCGGUUCUGGGAGGGAGGUCCCGGACGCCUCCCAGAUCUCGGGCUUCCGUAACCCUGAGGCUGGGUUUUAAAAUCACGGCUCUUCCAAGUUACACGAAGAGUCCAUGGUCAAGGGUCAAGGGUGGUCUUCGACCCUCGGGAUCGUCUUCUUGAGAAAUGGCUGAGAGCUAAGCCUAGAGCUGCCCAGGGAAGGAAGCCAAAGAGCUGGAGCCGAGCGCGAAGGGCUGGGAGGCGCGGGGAGACCCCUUACCCCCGCCCCCCCCCACCCCCCCACUGUCCUGCCCGCUAAUAACGCUGAUAAUAGCAACAGUAUCGGCCAACUGUUUCCCCCCUGCUCCUGGUCUGCCAGGCACCGGAUCCUCCUUCAGCACUCCCAGCACUCCCUGAAGAAGACACUAUGGAAUUCUCCGUUUUCCAGACUAGAAAUAAGGAACUCGGGGAAAUGAAGAAACUCGCCCGACGACCCUCAGGCAGCAGCACCUGGCCAGGCUGCCUAGAUCACACGGCCCCGUUUCAUUCAUUUUUACUUAAUAACGGUCGUUAGACAAUUGAGAGAAACAGCAGAAACCACGAGAAAAAUAAUGGAAUCCAACGGCGAUUUCCUCAAUCCUCUUUUUUUGUUUCCCUUGCAUUUUUUAUGGGAGAAACUGAACUGUUUGUUCUGAAGAAGUUGACAUUCUGGACUUUGUAGCUGCAGGUGCUGUUGUAGGAGCAAGGGAUACAAUGAUGAUCAAGGCAGAUGCAGCCGUUACCUUCAGGUUGUGGAGUCCGGAUACAGACUGGAGGCAGGCAGCUGUAAGAUGUGCGACAAAUGCUGCGCUGGAUCAGCCCGUGGUAUUAGGAGAGCAGAGACCGAGAGGUUGAUGUCACUCCCAAUAUCGGAGGAAGUAUACACCCCCGUGUGAGAUGGUCCUUAAUGAUAUUCCACGGCGGAGGGGUUGAUAUGACUACAUACAUGGCAGAAAGUGGAAACCCCCCAGGGAUAUUAUUCCCACGAUCCUGGAGGGAAGAAGAUGAUGUUACUUUCAAUAUGACAGAAGGUGGAUGAAGUGGUGGACUGCCCCUCCACACCUAUGGACACGCCCCCACUGAUAUUCCUUCUAAUUGCAACAUGGGAGAGGAGGAUAUGACACGCGAUAUCGCAGGCAGUAGAAACGCCCCUGUGAUACUGUUCUUAAUAUUCAGGGAGGAAGAGGAUAAUAUUACUCCCAAUACAGAUGGGUGUACACCCGUCUGUGAAAGAGUUCGUAAUCUCCAGAGGGGGAGAUGAUAUUACUCACAAUAUGACUGAGUCUUGCUCUGUUGCCCAUGCUUUGCUGGAUCUCGGGUGACUGCAACCACUGCCUCCCAGGUUCAAGAGAUUCUCCUGCCUCAGCCUCCUGAGUAGCUGGGACUAGAGGCGUGUGUCACCACACCCAGCUAAUUUUUGUAUUUUUAGUAGAGAUGGGGUUUCACCAUGUUUGCCAGGAUGGUCUCUAUCUCCUGACCUUGUGAUCCACCCACCUCAGCCUCCCAAACUGCUGGGAUUGCAGGUGCGAGCCACCGGGUCCAGCCUCUCAGGCGAUUUUCAUACCUGCAUACUCUGAUCACUACUCUGUUAAACAGUCAAGGAGGGAAGAUCUCUGAGCUCCAUCUGCAUUCUUUCUUCCUGUGCUGUGGCCUGGAAAGUUUUCUAAGGUGUUUGGGAGGUCAAUUGUGGGGCUAGCCUCAUUUGUUUCUCAUUUCUUGAGGAUCACUGCCUUUUGAUGCUUGAUUCCAGUGAUUGAUUCCCUUUGUUGCUUGAGGGCCAUAGUUUCAUAUAUUUUCUCCAGUAUUUUUGUUGUUUUAGGUCAGAAAGUAAUUUUGGUCUCUGUUACUCCAUCUUGGCCAGAAGUGUAAGACCUAAGCAUUUACACAUCAAAAUACUGCACACAUAAUUUUAGUUUAAGCCACUUUUUAAAAAAUCUCCUUCAUUUUCCAUUUAGCAUUCUGUUUAGGGUAUUACAUUGGUUUUUUUGAAAUUCUGUUAUUGGCAGUUUCUAUUGCCUCUCAAUCCCAUUUAAAGAUAGUGCAUAGGGUAUUCUAAAAUAGCUGUUAAGCAAAGAGAAAAUUGGGCCUGAUAGGGUGAGAAUCACAGCUCUAAUACCUAGAGUGACCUUAUAAUGUAUUGUCCAAAGGAGAUAUUUUUGACAGUGAAAGAGGGUGUUGUUAGUAAUUAUAUCAGGACCAUGGCCUAAACCAGGACUAUCCCAGGCAGCCUGGGACAUAUUUGUACCCCAUCUCUAUUUAAUGCCUUUAUACAAUUCUUUACUUAAUUCUACCAGCCUUUAUUGAGCCUGCUUUCUUUGUCUAGCUGAGUGCCACGUGCUGACAUCACUAAGAUCAAUACAGCAAACUCUGAAAGAUGGACAGAGAGACAGGAGAUGGUCCUUUAUAAUGCAGUGUGAUCUGUGCUGCAAUAGAGAUGGAAGAGUGUUCUGAUCGGCUGGAAAACAACGCACAUGGGAAGCUGUACAGAAAUGAGUGGGGAAAGUUUUGGAAGCUAGAAGUUCAAAACGAGGUGUUGGCAGCACCAUGCUCUCUCUGAAGAUGCUAGGAAGAAUCUGCUCCAUGCCUUUCCAUUCGCUUCUGGGGUUUCCUGCAAGCCCUGACAUUCCUUGGCUUGUAGAUGCAUCACCCCAGUUUCUGCCCCCAUCAUCACAUGGCCUCCUCUCUGCGUGUGCCUCUGCAUUCCCUCUAUUCUUCUUCUAAGGACACCGACACCAGUCAUAGUGGAUUAAGGGUCCACUCCUAACUAAUUACAUCUGCAACAACCCUAUUUCCAAAUAAAGUCACAUUCUAAGA